UCGAUCUCCGUGAGUUGCGGAGCGAAUUAAGCAGUAAUUUUUUGUUGGUGAUUGAGAACGGACACCGUUGAAAUCCGACGCACAGUUACUGCUUCCCAGAUGUGGAAUGCGCUGAGAUUCGCCUUUUAGGCCUACAUAGUCGGAUUUUUGUAUGUUUCUGGGUGGGUGACAUCUGGCCGGUUAAGAAAAUUGCUGGAAAUCGCUGAAAAGCGAGACUGCCAAGUUCGAAUCCCGAAAGUUCCCCAACCUCCCGAUUGGCGGAUCAAAAGUAAAAACCAUAAAACCUAGUUUAAGCUUGAUUUCUCGAUAAUGGCGUUAUUUGUUGGCUCAUCGAUUUGCAGACUGCGCUCGGAUCCCCCUUCUGUCUACGCUAAUUUUAUUCGCCCUAGGGAUGGAAUCGGAAUCGGAAUUGGAACUGGAUUUAAGUUUGGAAUCCCCUCAUUUUCUCAAUCCCUAAAUGUUAAUUCAGGGAGAUUCAAUGCAUCCUGCAGAACGCCGUUGAGGAAUUCGUGUCGGGCCAUGUGCUCCGGCUCCUUCGGGUCACGAUUGGAGGAGAGCGUGAAGAGGACUGUUGGUGAAAAUCCAGUUGUGGUUUAUUCAAAAACUUGGUGUUCGUACUCUUUGGAGGUGAAGUCUCUGUUCAACAGGCUUGGCGUGGAGCCACUUGUUAUUGAAUUGGACCAAUUGGGUCCUCAAGGACCGCAGCUGCAGAAAACUUUGGAAAGGCUUACCGGACAGCAUACAGUUCCUAAUGUGUUUGUAGGAGGCAAGCAUAUCGGGGGUUGUACAGAUACUGUAAGGCUACACAGGAAAGGUGAACUCAAGCCUUUGCUAACGGAAGCCUGCGCAAAGAAGUCCGAGAGUUAGCUAGCCGGCGACAAGUUGGGGUCCCAUCUAAUUAACGCUUGUGCUGGUUGCCCUGCCCGAGUAGGUAAAUUGGCUACGGAUUGAAGUAUAAGGAUAAGGAUGAAUUAUGUCGCCCAUUUGGCUUCUUGAGAAUCUUGACUCGGCAUGUGAAGUUCUAUUCCUGUUCCUGUUCCCACCCUUCGUAUGCACCCCAUUUUGCAUAGACAGGAGUUUCUUGUAAAUUAUUUGUUUAGGGGAAUAAUUUUUUGACAAGAACAUCUCAAAUAAAAUAAAAAAACAAACUUAUGACCUUA